AUGCAGUUGCCAUUGUGUGCGCGGGCGCCUCGAGCUCGUUCCGCGUGUCCCCGCGUCCCCCGCCCGGACCCGGGCCGCCAUGAGUGAGAAGGGGGAGCUGGACCUGACCGGGGCCAAGCAGAACACGGGCAUGUGGCUGGUGAAGGUCCCCAAGUACUUGUCACAACAAUGGACUAAAGCUUCAGGAAGGGGUGAAGUAGGGAAGCUGAGGAUUGCCAAAAAUCAAGGAAGAACAGAAGUAUCAUUUACUUUGAAUGAAGAUCUUGCAAGUAUCAAUGAUAUUGGAGGAAAACCUGCUUCCGUCAGUGCACCCAGAGAACAUCCUUUUCUUUUGCAAAGUGUGGGAGGACAGACGUUAACAGUGUUUACAGAAAGCUCAGCAGAAAGCCAGCCAGAAGAAAAAUCUGAGAACAGCAAUGCUGGGAUCCUGCUUCAUUCAAUGUGUAGUAUGGUCAACGCUCAGGCACUGAAUCAGGGUUGUGUAUUGAUCAAGGCUGUUGUCUGUAGGAUCCCUAACUUAUUCACUGCAGAAGUUGGAAGGUGUAAAGUGGAUUAA